CAAGGUUUAGGACCCUUCCAGACGGCCAUGCCCUCCAACAACAUAUCUGGGGGAGUCUUUUCGUGCCUGUCACUAGCACCUCAACAUCAUAUCUCAAAAUGAAUGGUCAAUCUAACUUUCCAGUCACCGACUUGCUCAAAGGUCAAGUUGGCUUAAUCACUGGAGCUGGCACAGCAUAUGGCAUUGGCCGAGAAUGCGUUAAGAAAUUCGCUGCUGCUGGGGCGAAAGCCAUCUAUGCAUGCGACUUGAACAUUAACGCUAUACCUUCUCUGCAAGAGGAAUGCAAAAAAGCUGGAUACACCUCAAUCAUCGAGGGACGAAAGCUCGACGUUUCUUCCGAGGAUCAGACCGUUGAAAUCGUCAAGGAGAUUACCAAGAAGCAUGGGCGAUUUGACUUCUACAUUGCAAAUGCUGGGUUCGCAAAUUACAGGAACCUUAAUGACACAGAGCUGGUUCACUAUGACCGGCAAGUAAAUGUCAUGACGCGAGGAGCGUUCAUUGGCAUCAAAUACGGCAGUCAGGCCAUGGCGGUCACGUCUGAAGAGAAGCCACAGCCUGGAGGAGCGUUCGUGAUCACCGGAUCUUGUGCUGGCUAUCUUGGUUCGUACUCCGAUCUUCCCUAUGCUGUCGCCAAAACGGCAUUACAUGGCAUGAUCAGUGGUGCAUCUGUCCAUCUAUCAUCUAGUAACAUCCGCGUCAAUGGCGUGGCUCCAGGUUUUACCAAGAGUGGCAUUUUGUCGAACUCACAAAAAGCGGAGCAGGGCGAGUACAAAAACACCGAGGAUGCGGACCAAUUACAAAAGAACCAUAUGUGGUUCUUUGAACGAGCAGGGCUGUUGAAGGCACCAGAGUACUACUACAAUCGACUGCAGGACCCAGAGGAAGUUGCCGACGUCCAGCUGUUUCUAACGUCGAAACUCUCCACAUGUAUCAACGGUCAGAUGAUUUUGUGUGAUAGUGGCAAGACGUCUGCAGCGACUGGGGAAGCAUGUACCGGACCUGUUCCCCCAGUCAAACCUCUUGAUUUGUCUUGA